AUGCAAUUUACGAUCAAGUUCGCUGCCCUCGCCUUUUUGGCCCAGGUCGCCGUUAUCGCGGCGUUCCCCUUAGAUGCAAUGGUCACCGACGAAUACGUUUACAGAGAGCAAGGAUACGACAACGAUCUUGAAGCCCGAGGCCCUACCAAGCGCCCCACUCAACAAGAAUGCGAGGUUGCUUGUACUCUCGCGGGACUCCAGGGUCAAGCCUGGAGCCAGUGCGUGUCGCAGUGUGUCGCAGGCAACUACCCUACGCCGCCACCUAGCCCGCAGAAUAGGCCAGUGCAACAAGCGAAGCCAGCAGUGCGACCCGCUCCCAGAAUCAAAGUCGGAAAACGGGGACCCACGAAGCGCCCUACGCAACAAGAAUGCGAGGUCGCUUGCACACUAGCUGGAUUGCAGGGCCAGGCUUGGAGUCAAUGUGUCUCGCAAUGUGUGGCUGGAAACUACCCUACUCCACCACCGAGCCCUCAGAAUAGACCGGUGCAGCAGGCAAGGCCAGCAGUUCGACCCGCUCCACGUAUCAAAGCCGGGAAGCGGGAGUCGGAGGACCUUGAAGCUCGUGGUCCCACCAAGCGCCCUACACAACAAGAAUGCGAGGCUGCGUGCACACUCGCAGGGUUCCAAGGUCAAGCUUGGAGCCAGUGUGUGUCGCAAUGUGUCGCCGGCAAUUACCCUACACCACCACCAAGCCCACAGAACAGACCAGUGCAGCAAGCAAGGCCAGCAGUUCGACCAGCCCCACGCAUCAAAGUUGGGAAGCGAGACUUGGAGGACCUAGAGGCUCGUGGCCCCACUAAGCGCCCCACACAACAAGAGUGUGAGGUUGCUUGUACUCUCGCGGGAUUCCAAGGACAAGCCUGGAGUCAAUGUGUCUCCCAAUGUGUCGCCGGAAACUACCCUACUCCACCUCCUAGCCCGCAGAACAGGCCAGUCCAGCAGGUAAAGCCUGCAGUGCGCCCAGCUCCUCGAAUCAAAGUUGGAAAGCGAGAAUCUGAGGACCUUGAGGGUCGCGGCCCUACUAAGCGUCCUACGCAACAGGAAUGUGAGGUGGCUUGCACACUAGCUGGGUUCCAAGGACAGGCUUGGAACCAAUGCGUCUCGCAGUGUGUCGCUGGGAACUACCCCACACCCCCUCCUAGCCCCCAGAAUCGUCCAGUACAGCAAGUGAAGCCCGCGGUGCGACCAGCUCCAAGAAUCAAAGUCGGGAAGCGUGAAGCCGAGAAGGGCGAUGAAGAGUAA